GUGACUGAGGCAGCAGCCGGUGACUGACUCAACCUUCACUUCCAGCCGGUUCUUCUCCGGUUCUCCUCCGGUUCCUCUCCGGUUCUUCUCCGGUCCCGCCCCGGUGCCGCUGGCUGCUGACCCGCGGAGCGUCGUGUGUUUCACGGAGUCAUGGACGUCACCUGCCGGCGUGUGACGGUGUAGCCAGGAGGAUUCGUCGACUGCCAUAGGAUCAUGGAGCCAGAUGUCAUACGCAUGUACUCCUCCUCGCCGCCGCCGAUGGAGGACGGUGCAGAGGAAGAGGAAGAUGAGUUCGGGGACUUCGGCACCUUCUCUGCUGUCCCAAACAGCAUCAGCUUCACAGAGUUUGACACCCCCACCACUUUUAACCAGACCCAAGCUCUGGCCGCCACCUCCCCCCCCGAGCUCAUCAACAGCAGAGGCGUCAAAGUGCUCAGCUCCUCAAACGCCAGCCGCAGCUCCACGGAUGAGCGCCCCACGGCUAACGGCGUGCCAGCGAGCCGCCCGGGCAGUUGUCCCUCAGAAAGAACUGAGACGAAGAAAGUCCUGUCCUGCCCCCCCGAUGUCCCGGUGAACGACACAGUUGGUGGCGAGCUCGCUGACUGCAACGGAGAAGGCCCAGCGGUGCUGACUAACGGGUUUGACGUUCAGGGAAGCCCCCCCUCGCAGAGGUCUGUCCUCUCUCAUGUGAAAGGGACGUCCACAGAGGACACAGGCAGUGUCCUGGUCAGCAGCCCAGCAGACGAUUUUGCAGACUUUGCAGCUUUUUCCGAUGCUGAAGAACGCCUCAGUGAGACGACUAACACCGACUCCAACGAACCCUUAGGGGUCAGCUGGGCGGAGGGGAUGUCCUGCCACGACCUGCACUGUAACGCAGAGCAAGGGACAAGUUCAGAGGACACUAUCAGGGACACUAACAGAACUGGACCCUGCUUGUCCGGCCCUGAAUCCAUAGCUGCUCAAACGGAGGCCCUGGACCGGGACUCUCACACAGACGUUGACUCUCAACCAGGGGACGUAGCCUUUGCACAGGAGUGCUCUGCCUCAGAUGCUGUCUGCACUAAUGAAGCUCUCUCUCUGAACGGGGUGGACGAAGUUGACGAAUCCAAAGACGCCGCGGGCUGCAAUGAAGACGAGCUCUCGCCUGACACACCUGCAGACAGCGAGGCGGGACAGUCGGACGAGAAGGGCUCUUGGAAUGAGACAGAGACAGAGACCGAGACGUCUUUCGGCCGGCCGCUGUCCACAGAUGCUCUGGAAGAAUACGCUGACAUCAGCACCACGGGCUCGCUGCCCUCCCCGCCCCUCCAGGGGGAGCCGUCCACACCCGCUGACCACAGCCAGCUGGCAGAGGACGACGAGGACUUCGAGGACUUCGUGGACUUCGGGGACACUGACUCAUUUGGCGGUCAGGGCUUUGCUGAUUUUGAAGAGUUGGACGUCCAGCAGGAGCCGAGCGUGCCGCACAGCUCGGCUCCAUCACAGGAAGUUUCAAACACAAAUGAGGACAACGACUUUGGCGACUUCAACUCCCCCAGUGUCCUCAGCAGUGGACAUGAGCGGCAGGAUGAAGGACAGAUUGAAGACUUCCCUGUCAGUGACAGUUUCGGUAACUUCAGCUCGGCCGUUGAGGACGCAGACGGCGAGGAGGAUGCCGGGUGGAGCGCCUUCGGGGAGCAGGAGCAUCCGGCGGGGGAGGCGGGGGAGGCGGGGGAGGCGUGGGCAGCGUUCAGCUCUGAGCAGAGCGUCGCUCUCCCUGAGGAGAGCAGAGAGGAGGAAGAGGACAUGGAGGAGGAGUGGCAUGAGAGCGAUGCUGCUGCAGUCAGCGAGGAGACGAGCAGCAGGGAGAUCCAGGCGGCGGCGCUGUCCACUCGUCUGCUGCAGCUGUUUCAGAGCAGCUUCCCUCACAGCAGCGGCGCCGCCCUGGUGGAGGACGAGGUGGCUUCACUGAGGAUCCUGCUGGAGCCUCCGGAGGACAAACAGCCCGGAGACGAGGAGACAAGGUCCACGUGCAACAGGUGGGUGCAGGGCGGCGUGUGGACGCAGCUUCAGGACAUCAACGAGGCGCUGGGCCUCAGGUACCAGUGGGGGGGCUCUCACGGGAACAAGGUCCUGCUCUGCUGCCUCGGCAUCGACACCAGAAACAUCCUGUUCACGGGUCAGAAGAAGCAGCCGGUCAUCGUGCCCAUGUACGCCGCCAGCCUGGGGAUGCUGGAACCCACCAAAGAGCCUGUGAAGCCCGUCUCCGCAGCAGAGAUGAUCGCGUCCAUCGCUCAGGCGUCUCCUGCGGCUCCAGAGAAAAGCUCCUGUCCGUCCGACUCAGUGCAGCAGGACGCGCUGCCGCCCGUUCAGUUUGACUGGAGCAGCAGUGGCCUCACCAACCCUCUGGACGCGAGUGGAGGCUCAUCUUUAUUAAACCUGGAUUUCUUUGGUCCUGUGGAGGAUUCGGGCUCCAACAGCUCCACAUCCAUCCCAGGCGUCGACCCUGAACUUUACGAGCUGACGACGGCCAAGAUGGACGCCAGGAGCUCAGGCAGCCGCAUGGCCGACGCCUUCGCCCGCCUCAUGUCCACCAUGGAGAAGACCAGCACCUCCACCAGGAAGCCGAGGAGAGAGGAGAAUCUGAGCGAGGAGGCAGCCGAGGUCAUCUCCGCCCUGCCGGACCUCUCCUUCAUGACGGCCAAGGUGCUGAUGUUCCCCGCCACGCUGACGCCUGCUGACCACGCCCCCUGACUACCGCCUCCAUGGCCCCGCCCACAGAUCGAGUCCAUUUUAACACUGUCGUUUUUUAAUUUUUUUAAUUUCUUGCUGCGUCAGAGUUUUUUCUUUCAAACUUUGCUCUUUUUUUACUCCAGUGUUUUUGUUUGUCCGGUGAAGCGGCUCUGGUGAGCACACUAACUCAUAUCCAGAAUCCUGUUGUAAAUAAUCAGGGAUCAAACGUUUAGCUUUUUAGAUUCUGAUUUUACGUCUGAAGGAAACAAAGGCUGAAGCUUUGAAUCAAACUGAAGUGGAAUAAAUAUAAAAACAUAAAUGUAUAUAUAUAUAGGAUCAGUGUAAAACCAUUUAUAAACAUAUAUGAAAUCUAUAUUUAUGGACUGAGACCACAGCGCCUAGAGAAUCAGCUGAUUGUUUUUACCUUCACUCCAUUUUAAUCUGAGUUAACCUUUGACCUCAAGUUGUUGGAACCCCUCCCCCUUUUCUUUUGAUUUGACGUUCUCCGUCGUCCUGUGGAGCUUUGGUUUCUUUUUACUUCCUGGUUCGUGUCUCUUCCUGUGUUAUGUUAUGGGGGGGGGGGGGGGGUUAAAUGAAACCACUGAGUCUCUGGUGAAGGGCGACUCAUCUGAAGGGAUCAAGGGACCAAUCCGAGGGCCCUGUGCUGUCGGGGGGCCGGCUCGCCUCCUGGAGGAUUUUGCACAUUGUAAAGAUGAAGUGGGCGUGUCGUGGUUCACUGGGCGUCGGACUGGGAACACGUACACUUCCUAUGGAAGAAACGGGAUCACUGCUCGUCGUGCAUGUUCAGGUUCUUCAGACUCUGUGUGUAAAUCUGACUUUUAGUGUAAACGAGGAAUAAAAAUAAUUUAAGAGAAAA